UUCGCAGACACCGUCCUCUCUAUCCUCCUCUUCCUUCUCCUACUCGUAUCGAUCCGCAGGAACUCAAACAUGGGGGCCACCGAAAUUGCAAUCCUUCCCAUGAAGGAGGGCAAGACUUUUGACGAUAUAACGACCGCCGAUGGCCAACUGCAUGCCGAUCUUGUCAAGACUCUGGUCGCUCAGCCAGGUUGCCAGCGAUGCUACUGGGGUCGUCAAGUAGAGGAUAAAAAUAUAUUGAGAUGGUUUGUCGAUUGGGAUAGUGUCGAGUCUCACCAACAAUUCAUGAACUCUGAGGCCUACAACCCCUUCCUGGAGCGCUUCAGCAACUUACUGGGAGGGGACCCUAAACUUUAUCAUGCUCACUUCGUCCCUCAUCCUCCUCGUGCAGUCCUCAGCAAUACCACCUCUCCUACCACGGAAAUCGUACAUAUGUACUUCCCAACGUCGUAUUCGGAAGAGGACAAGAAGAAGGUCGCGGAUGACACCAAGGCCUUGAUCGCUGUCCUUGAGAAAGAAGCAAGUACCUACCGAGCAACAGCUGGUGGCUGGGUGGAAGAAGAUUUGGUCAUUCCGGGAACGAAUGAGAAGGCCAAAGCAUUUGUGCUGUUGAUCGGCUGGACCAGUGUAGAGGCACACAUGGCUUUCCGCGAGACGAAAGCCUUUGCCGAGAAUGUCCACUUUCUGCGCGGUGCGAAGGACCUGAAGAAACUUGAAGCCCUACACGCAAGCCUGACCGAGGUCACCAGGACUUCGUCUUAGGUCCGGUCAGGUUGGCGAUAUGCGACUUGACUUUCAGGCUUGAAUUGCACAAAGUCCCCGGGAAGAAAGACACAUGCGGUCGUUCGGCGGUUACAAGCGACGAUAUACUCUGUGGCUCUACUCAUUUUCUCCACGAGUCAACAAAUGCCUUGUCAUAUUCAUAAUACCCUUGUGCCUCCAGUCCACAAGUUGCCGUUGCUUCUCGAUUAUCCUCUCCUUUCGGUCCUCUGCCAGC